AUGCUACGGAUGAAUACUGUCAGCACCCAAAACCUCGCCAUCACUUCCACACCGUCAGCGGACGUUCGGAGCACGGACCGACUUCACAACACACAACCACUACCGUCGCCGCCGCCGCCGCCACUGACAACAUCAAGGAGGACACUCCUACCUACCUGCAAAAUAUUACCACCACCGCUCCUCCUCCUCCUCCUCCUCCUCCUCCUCCUCCUCCUCCUCCUCCUCCUCCUCCUCUUCCUCCUCUUACCUCUAAUCCACCGCCAACACCACCACCACCACCACCUCGAUGCUUGA